CUCGCCAACUCCACAACGCUCUACGUCGGAAACCUUUCAUUCUACACAACGGAGGAGCAAAUCUAUGAGCUCUUUUCAAAAUGCGGUGAGAUCAAGCGUAUCAUUAUGGGACUGGAUCGCAACCAAAAGACACCCUGUGGAUUCUGCUUUGUCGAAUACUACCAUCAUGCUGAUGCAUUGGAUUGCAUGAAGUAUAUCAAUAGCUCAAAGUUGGACGAGCGUAUUGUGCGCUCAGAUCUCGAUCAUGGAUACAGAGAGGGUCGACAGUUUGGUCGUGGCAGGAGCGGCGGUCAGGUCCGUGACGAGUAUCGCAUGGAAUUUGAUGCGGGCCGUGGAGGCUGGGGCCAUGUUAGGGCAAGACAGGAGGCAGAACGUGAGAGAGAACAAAAGGCCAAUUACGAAGCCAUUACAACGAUCCCUGAGGGUGCCAACCUCGAUUACAAGGACAGAAAAGAGGGUAAUCAUGAUUUUCAUCUACAUCUUUUGUCUACACUUGGUGCAGUCGCGCAAUGCUGGACAUCAAUGCUAACAUUAUUAUUUUAUUUUAUUUUUUUAUCAUUGAAUGGCGCCACAUAG